GCCCACGCCAUGGACGCCAAGGUCGUCGCCGUGCUGGCCCUGGUGCUGGCCGCGCUCUGCAUCAGUGACGGUAAGCCAGUCAGCCUGAGCUACAGAUGCCCGUGCCGGUUCUUCGAGAGCCAUGUCUCCAGAUCCAACGUCAAACAUCUGAAAAUCCUCAACACUCCGAACUGUGCCCUUCAGAUUGUCGCACGACUGAAGAGCAACAACAGACAAGUGUGCAUUGACCCGAAACUAAAGUGGAUUCAGGAGUACCUGGAUAAAGCUUUAAACAAGAGGCUCAAGAUGUGAGAGGCGUGGGUCAGACGCCUGAGGAACUUACAGAAGGAGCCUAGGUCUGAAGUCAGUGUUAGGGAAGGGCCCACGGCCUCUUCCUCUGCUCCUGAGCAGGGCUGAAGCCAUUUCCAAGGGACUUGCUUUGCACAAUUUGCUGUAUUUUCACCAUUUGAUUAUGUAGCAAGAUACAUGGUGUUUAUUUUUCAUUUAGUCUGAUUGUCCAAUGUCGUUGGUAACAGCCCAAAGCCACUAUAUUAUCUCCUUUGUUAUAGUAUCUUUGCCAUGGAGGACCUUCUCUGAGUAGGGGCUCCCCAGGUUUGUCUCUUUGAGCUGAGACAGAAGGCACACCCUUUUUCUUAAUGGGAACUGGGUGUCACCACCCCAAGAACUGCAGAGCUUUCCCAAGCUGAGGCAGGAGUGUGAGGUCAGGGAAGAGUGAGAGCCACCCUCAUCCCACGCUGUGCUAUUCAUCCAUCAUGCUCAUCAUUCUCGCUCAUCCAUCAUCAUGUGUCUCCAAGACUGUCUCCGUGACCCCGAAAAAGGACUCUCCCAAGAUGAAAUCUUUUAUUCAAAUGGGACAGCAAGAAAGAAAGAAAGGAGAAUGUCUGGUGUUCCCCGAAAGCCCUGUGCACAUGUAUGUCUUGUUUGGAAUAUUGUUUGUUCACCCCUCUGCUUUUGUUCAAAGUCCAUGUCCUCAUCUAUGGCCAAUGUCUUGUUCAUGCAUGCACUGUGUCUGAUCCAAAUGCAAAGGCUGAGUAUGAGGAGCUGGCCCUGGCGUCCAGGCUGUGGCCCGGAGGAUGCAAGCAGCCUCGGUUUCUUUGCUCCUCACAGGGUUGCUUUGAACGCACAAAGCUAAGGAAAGAUGGUUUGCACUGAGGACUGUUGACCUUCAAUAUUUCCAUAGCUGUCAUCUUAAAACUAUGGUGUUAUCUUCUGGUAUCAAACUCAGCAUUCUAUCUAUUGAGGGAUAACAGUUCUCAAUUCUUUUCAGUUAUUUUUAAAGUCAACAAAUCAAAGAAUCAAUCCUAGGUUGAUUUUCCUCACUGUUGGCAGUGCUGCCAUCCCUUACCUUAGCCGUGGGACAUCUUUGCUGGCACCAAUCACUGUGUCCCUUUCCUUGGGACAAGGCUGCUUGAAGUGUGGCCCUGGAAGUGUUUUGUCCUCUGCAGUUUUUAUGCAGUCAAGUUCACUAAAACACAGUAAGGGCCUUUAGUUCUUCAAAUGAAAAAGAGGAAGAAGAGAAGGGAAAGGGGGGGCCACCCAAGUAAGAUGGAGGAAGUGAGCUACAGUAAGAGAAUUAUCAAAAACAGGUGUUUAAGAGAGAAUAAUCUGUAGAACUGUUACAUCAGCAAUGUGUGUGGGGGGAGGGCAUUUCUAUAAAUAGUCCUUUAAACUGGCUUCACAGAAGAAGGAAACCCCAUCCAGCAAGACUUCUAUCAAAUUGGAACAAAAACUAAAAGACCGGUUAGGAUGUGGGGCAUGUGGCUCGUUGCAGCUAUGGAUCAUUACAGGGAUUGUUUUGAGUCCCCUUGAAAUGAACAUUCCUACCUGGCUGGACUAGAUACCACACAACUGCAAUGUUAGUGCAGCAGCCACUUUGCUCUAACCCAAGGUUUUAAGGGCGCUGCUUGGGAACAAGCACAGCCCUCUAUCUUCUCUAUAGUUAUUGGUCCUUUCAAUGUCUCCUCCACCGGGAAAAGGAUGAGGAGAGAAACUGUAGGGAGACUUAUUUGUAUAUCAAUUCCUCUGCUAGCCAUCAGUUUCUGAAUGGAGACAGUCUGCCUAAAGCAAAUAUGCAUUUAAAUAGUACAUUUACAUAAGAAAAGCCCCCCACACAUACCUUAGUCCCCCAUCCCUUUGCUUUCAAAUACAAACCCAGCACAUUAGUGAACUGUUGUUGACUAGAGACACCUAGCUGUCCCUGCAUCUCAUCUUCCCCUGGGCUCCAAGUGACCUGCCAGGCGCCAGCCCUCUAAUACCAGCCUUUGCAUCUGGAUAGGGAAAGGGGGUUGGAGACUUCUAGUCUGCUUUGUGUUGAAAUCCAGAUUUGUGCCUUGUGUUGUUUACACUGUGCUGCUGGCUCCCGAGGGCAAUGGGUCACUAGCAAGGAAGUGCAGCAGAACCCUUUGGUUCAUUGCCUGUUCAUCUCUGAGGGUCCCAAGAGCAAAAGGUUGCAUUCUUCCUUGGGACCUGGCCUGGGGCCUGGGGCCUGGGGCCCCUCCAGUGGGUUCUGUUAUCUUCUCACACGUGAUUUUCUCACUGGUGGUGUCACCAGGGACCUCCUCACAGGGGCCAGUCACCCUCCCCAGGUAAUGCACCGGUUUCUAGCUGGAUGAGAACUGGGGAGUCUUUCCUUACACAGCUUCCCUGGUCCAUCUUAAGGUAAUCUCAUUUCUCAAAAUGUUCCAUAGAAACCUCCAAAUUCCCCCAGGAGACUGGUCAUUGCCAAGUUCACAAAAGCAGCCAGCAGAGUCAUUGCCAACCUCGACGGUCUUGCAGUGUCUGAGCAGUGAUGGGUUCAGUGUUGUGUGUGGUGAAUAAUGUAUUUUGUUUCAGUUCUGUCUCCCAGAUAAUGUGAAAAUGGUCCAAGAGAAGGCAGCUUCCUAUAUGCAGUGUGUGCUUUUUUAUUCUCAUCUUUAAUAUAUGACAGUUAUUUGAGAAGCCAUUUCUACUUUGAAGUCAUAUCAAUGAAAAUGAUGUAUCUUCACCUACAAUUUUCCCAAUAAAGAUCUGUAUUCAAAUACAGCU